UUCGUUUUCUUCAUUGCGAUGAAUGCAGCAUCAUCGACGUCCAUAGUAACUAAUGACCUUUCGAUCACCGUGAGCCGACGAAUUUUACUGGGGCUCAGAAUGGUUUCUCGCAUCCUCCGUACCAAAUGCACAACGAGGAGAUUGUACAUCACUUGUAUCAUGCGGGAUUUCAGACUGGCAAUUAUGCCGAUACCAUACUGCAUGUGCAUCAAAAUACUUACCGCCUUCACGCCAUCGUUCUUUCAAAAUCGCCAUUGCUAGCGCAUCUUAUGUCAACCUCACCUCAGUCCGGAGCUCAGCGUGUGAUAUAUGUACAGCUUGAACAUGAUCCAGAGGUUACCCAAGAAGGCUUUGCCAUAGCGCUAGGAUAUCUAUAUUCAUCGGUUUCGCUAAGUCUCAUUCGGCCCGACAAUGCACGAGGAGUACUCGCAGCUGGUUGUCUUCUUGGAGGCAUGGAUGAGUUAUGCGGUUAUGCGUAUGAUGCAUGCAGACAAUCGAUCACCGUGGAGACAAUCAAUGAAUGGCUCGAGUUCAUUGACACGAUCCCUUCAUCACCAGAUGGAUCUCUCACCCCUGAACUAUCGCUUGCGUCUGUCUUUGGUCAUUUUGCCCAAAGAUUGAGAGAUGAUGUUUUUCACUUCCUCGUGGUGACACUCCCAAACGUCCUGGAAAUUAAUUCAUCCGAGUCCGACCCAUCACAGGGCCACACUAGUCGUGACACACUGUUGCGUGUAUUUUCCCUUGUGCCCUUCGACAUGUUUAAAUUGGCGGUCGAAUCACGCGCGUUUGAAAUUGGAUCUGAUCAAACCCGUUUUAAGUUUGCGAAGGAUGUAAUAGAGAUGAGGAAGAAAGGGAUCGCACGAGGGCACGGAGCAGAAGAAACGGUUGUUUUAGCAUUCGGCGGAGGGCAUCCUGGUGGAAGCGCCGUUCACGUCACUCGAAAAAUACGAAAGCGGCCCCUAUGGAAGGUCAACUCAUGAAGCCGAAUCUUGUUGGAAAGUCGUAUUACGUGACUUUUACUCCUGCAAUCCCAGUUGACCUAUUUUUUGCCCGUUGACUAUCGCCAGAUUACUACUCGCGCAGCAAUGCUCAGCGUUACUUUCCAGUGAAACCCUACAAAUAGCCAGGUUCAAUAUACGA